AUGACGGGCCACGCCGAAGAAACCCUACCAAGUGCGUACACGAGCAGCGCGGGGCGAGUCUUGAGCGACCGAGGCAUCGAAGGAACGAGCAGCUUCGACCUCGAGCGACUCCGAGGAACCUCUGGCUUUGCUGCCAACGUCGACCCAGACCCGGUCCCCCAUUCUAUAACAAUUGCUAACCCGUCCCUCUUGUGCAGAAGCCACGCGCGAGCAGAUGAGCGAGGCCAAGCUGCCGCUGGCUUACCGCGACAGCUGCGCCAACCUGCUGAUCCCGCUGAACCGGUGCCGGUUCGAGACGUACUACCUGCCGUGGAAGUGCGAGGUCCGUCACCCACAGGAAUGACACUUGCUACCGAGAGACACAGCUACGAAAAGUGCCAGUACGAGGAGUUCAAGAAGCGGGUGGCCAAGAUGAACGAGUUACGAGAGGCCCGCGACGGUGCACGGAGCAAUUAG